AUGAAUAUUGCCAGCAGCAGAACGCCAUCAGGCCCCAAGCCGAAACUGAAACCACACCAGUACGCUACAAAGGGCACAGCGCUCCAAAAGCACGUAUCCUUCUGGGACCGCAACAAAGACGGCAUCAUCUACCCCUGGGAAAGCCAUGCCGGCUUCCGCGCCCUAGGCUUCAACUUCCUCAUCUCGAUCACCUCAGCGCUCGCGUUCCACAUCCUGCACGUCAGCUAUCCAACAUCGCCAUACUGGAUUCCUGACCCUCGCUUCCCCGUGUACCUAGAGAACAUACACUGGGCGAAGCAUGGCAGCGACACCGAAAGCUUCGAUGAAGAGGGGAAUUUCAACGAGGGGAAGUUCGAACACAUCUUCGAGAAGUAUGACAGAGACCAGAAGCAGGGAUUAUACUUCUCAGAGAUCGUGGACAUGUGGCGCGGCAAUAGGAACGUGUUCGAUUUCGUGGGAUGGGCCUUCCAGGUCUUCUUGUGGAGUUAUCUGUGGAUGCUGGCAGCGGACGAGGCGGGCGUGCUGCACAAGUCGGACGUAAGGCGGCAGUACGAUGGAAGUCUAUACUACGAGAUUGAGAGGAGGCGGAAAAUGGGAGAACGCCUGCCAUGGUGGAGAGGCGGCGCUUUGUUUGGUAUUCUCUAG